AAUAUUCACUAUUCGUGCCGCAUUCUUUGGCAAGGAAAACGUUACCAUAUAGGAUUGUGUGAAGGCAAAUUAAUUAAAAGAGAAUGAAUGAAUGAAAGCAACAAUUAAUAAUAAAAUAAGAAUAAUUGGUAUAUUUUUAUGUAUACAGGAAUACAGAUGUAUUUGCGUCCGAGUACUGUUUGAUUAUUGCUUUCACUUGCUGAUUGAAAUGCACUUACCGAUGGUUGUUGAUGUGGAUUGACAAAAUUUGUACGAAUCGUCACCGUGGCGUCUUUUUUCGCUAUCUUCAACAAUUGAUUACACAACGUGUGACGCGUGAAUGUUUAGAAAAAAGGGAGAGUGACACAGCUCGAUUUAUCUACCAAGAAGUAAUCGAAUCUUCGAUAUAAAACAGCUGAUUCAGUGUGCUACUGUCGCGUAGAUGUAUUCGUAGAACUUACCUAUAAAUUUGUGUGUACAUAUGUAUGUAUGUACAUUUACAUAUAACUAUAUUAGUGCCACAGGUGUUUUCAUAGCGCGCAUCGGUCGCUGUCAAAAAUAGAUAAAAUAAAUUGCAAUAGUUUCCGAACCAAUAUCGUUCACGAGUGUGCAGACAUACAUAAUUAUCUAACUCCAGAGCUCAACGUUACCCGACUGCCGACUGCUAACGUCCGAGUUAUCACAGUGCUGAGCUCAUAAACUCAAAAUGGACAGCUCCCGCAAGCCUGAAAAAACCAAUCCUCGUCGUCAUGCGAAUAUACUUUCGCAACUGCUUUUCGUUUGGGCUAUACCACUGCUCUACAAAGGCUCCAAACAUGGAUUGAAUACUGAUGACUUAACCACGUGCCUGCCACAAGAUUACUCAGAAGAUUUGGGAGAUCGCUUAGAACACAAAUGGUAUAGUGAAUUGGAGCGCGCACAUCGCAAGGGACGUAAGCCUCUACUGCGGAAUGCUAUACUUCGCACUUUCUGGCUACCCGCUGUGAUUGAUGGCGCCAUAUCGCUUAUUUACAUCGUAAUUAAAUCUCUUAUACCAGCCGUGCUAGCGCAAUUGCUGAUGCAGUUUCAGAAAUCAGUUAGACCCACUUCAAUUCGCAUGACGAAUGCCACCGCCGCCGAUGCGAUAGUAAAUGCAACAAGUCGCGCAGCUCGCUCCAUUGAUUCAGUAAUGAAAAAUAUGUCAUUGUUAUCAUUGGUUACAGAUAUUGGCAUGGGUGCGGGCAGUGGCGGAGCGUCGUCUAACACGAUUGAUGUCACCGGAAAGCCUACGACGGAACCAUUUUUGUUUGCUGAUAACUCUUCUCUGGCGACGAAACAUGCAGAGUUGGCAGCUUUCGAUGAUCCGAUUUUACAUAUUUGGAAUGAUGUUUAUUGGCUGGGUUCUAUUUUGGUAACAUCUACACUACUUGGUUGCUUUCUUAUUCAUCAUGUAGAUUUGCGGCAGAGAUUGAUGGGUGCGCGCAUGCGUAUUGCUUGUUGCUCGCUGAUCUACAGGAAGACUCUUCGUCUCUCGAUGCGAUCUGCUGGACAAACACCUGCUGGUUAUCUAAUCAAUUUGCUCUCUAACGAUGUAAAUCGUCUUGAUUAUGGCUUCAUAUACAUGCACUGGAUCUGGAUUAUGCCAUUGAAUGCCAUGCUAAUUUGUUAUCUCAUUUGGCUGCGCAUUGGUUGGGCUGCAGUUGUUGGUGUGGUUGGUCUCUUACUUAAAACCAUACCCGUACAAACUGGCUUCAGUAACUUGGCUUCAAAGUUGCGCAUGAAAAUCGCCGAACGCACCGAUGCUCGCGUUGGUAUCAUGAAUGAAUUGGUGCAGGGAAUACAGGUGAUUAAAAUGUAUGCCUGGGAGAAACCCUUUCAGGCUGUUGUCGGUGAGGCGCGUCGACGUGAAAUCAAACAAAUUCGUUAUGCUUCAUAUUUGCGUGGCUUCUAUUUGAGUACAAUGGUGUUCACUGAACGUUCCACACUCUACAUAACCAUUGCAUCGGCGGUGCUUAUGGGAAAUCAAAUUUCAGCAGAUAUUGUUUUCUCGGCGGCUAGUUACUACAAUAUAUUGCAAUUGGUUGCAGCCAUUUGGUAUCCACUCGCUGUGUCCUUUGGUGCCGAGGCACUAGUUUCCCUAAAGCGCGUUGAAUCGUUCCUGCUGCAAGAAGGACAUGAUGAGAAGGCUAUCGGCCUCACGCACCGAAAGACGGAGCCUAAAGGGGACGAGCGUGAUGCCGCCACAGCCAUUGUACUCAAACAGGUGAAUGCAAAUUGGGAUUUGACGAAACCGCAGCACACGUUACAGGACAUAAAUUUGGAGAUCAAGAGAGGCCAAUUGUGCGCGGUUAUCGGGCCUGUGGGUGCCGGCAAGAGUUCAUUGCUGCAACUGCUGCUGUCCGAACUACCAAUCACCGAUGGCGAAGUUGUUAUUCAAGGCGAACUUUCGUAUGCUGCUCAAGAGCCAUGGCUAUUUACAGGUACUGUGCGUAACAACAUAUUAUUCGGUGAGUCGUACGAUCGCAAACGUUAUCAUGAGGUGACGAAAUGUUGUGCGCUCUCUACGGAUUUCCAGCAAUUGGCCAAUGGGGACAAGACUAUUGUGGGCGAGCGAGGAGCAUCACUGUCGGGUGGCCAACGUGCGCGUAUCAGUUUGGCACGUGCCGUUUACAAGCCCGCCUCCAUUUACUUGCUUGAUGAUCCCUUAAGUGCUGUGGAUGCACACGUCGGUCGCCAUCUCUUCGACGAAGUGAUUGGCCCGCGCGGUCGUUUGGCUAACGAAAAAGCUACACGUGUUCUAAUUACACAUCAAGUACACUUCCUCACCGAAGCCGAUUGGGUCGUGAUUAUUGAGAAUGGACGCAUCUCACGUCAAGGUACCUACGAGGAGUUAUCUAAUAGUGAUUUGGAUUUUGCUAAAUUACUUGAACGCAUAAAAGAGGAAGAAGAUGUUAUGGAAAGUGAAAACGAAUCUGUUUUAUCACAUGACUCGACCACUUACGAAGAUGAGGACAUACCCUAUAUUGAUGGUGUGCGUGAUGGAUAUCAACCUUUGCGUCGCGCCAGCGCCAAUGAUGGUUCAUUGACACGCAAAUCGAAUAGUCUGGCCUUGAGUUCGGAGCCGGAUCUUUCCGAAGACUCAGGUUUAGCUGAGGAUCAAGCAAAGGGUGGUGUUUCCGGACGCGUAUGGUGGGAGUAUUUCCAUGCUGGCAGCAGUCUGUGUGGUCUAAUCUUCUUGACUCUCAUACUGUUGUUGUCGCAGAUGGUUUGCAGUGGUUCUGAUUACUUUGUGAAUAUUUGGACGCAGGAGGAAUAUUUGCGUUCGAUUAAUAAGCCGACAACUUUUACCACGUACGAGUGUUUGUAUAUUUAUGGUGCACUUAUUAUUGCUGUUGUUGUGAUGACCGUCUUCCGUGGCUACCUCUUCUUCAAAAUCUGCAUGCAUGCUUCCAAAGUGCUACACGAUCGUAUGUUCGGCAGCAUACUUCGUGCGACGAUGCGUUUCUUCGACACAAAUCCCUCCGGUCGGAUUUUGAAUCGUUUCUCCAAAGAUAUGGGUGCCAUUGAUGAAUACCUACCGAAGGCUAUAAUGGAUUUCAUACAAAUUGCGCUGGUCAUGUUUGGCAUAUUAAUUGUAAUCACUAUAAUCAAUCCCUUGCUGUUGGUGGCUAUUUUGAUAGUGGCUAUCAUCGAUUAUUGGGUGUUGCAAUUGUAUUUACGACCAUCGCAGGAUCUUAAGCGCUUGGAGGGCAUAUGUCGCAGUCCUGUAUUUUCGCAUCUCUCAGCAACACUCACCGGCAUUGCAACGAUACGCGCGCGCGAAUUGCAAGAUAUUGUGGUGAAGGAAUUUGACAGUCUGCAGGAUGUGCAUAGCGCAGUGUGGCAGCUGACAAUGGCCUCGAAUACGGCGCUGGGUUUGUGGUUGGACUGUGUCAGCUGCUGCUUUCUUACCGCGGUGACUUUCAGUUUCACGUUGCUUGACAGUCAAACAUUCAGCGGCAACGUGGGUUUGGCCAUCUCUCAAGCCAUGAUUCUCACUGGCAUGGUGCAGUACGGCGUGCGUCAAGUGGCCGAAUCUUUGCAGCAGAUGACCAGCGUGGAGCGUGUGCUGCAAUAUACCGAACUCGAACAGGAAUCCGAAAUUACCAAGUUGCCUCCGAGCAGUUGGCCCACACACGGGCAGGUAGAAUUCAAGGACUUGUCGCUACGUUACGAUCCUAACAAUCCACCAGUUUUGAAGCAUUUGAAUAUUACCAUCGAACCCAGCUGGAAAGUGGGCGUUGUGGGACGUACAGGCGCCGGUAAGAGCUCGCUUAUAGGUGCACUCUUCCGCCUCUCAAAUCUCGAAGGUGACAUUCUCGUCGACGGCAUUGAAACGGGUAGUAUUUCGCUGGAGGUGCUGCGUUCAAAAAUUUCGAUUAUACCACAAGAUCCAGUGCUUUUCUCCGCUACCAUACGCUACAACUUGGAUCCGUUCGAUAAGUAUGGUGAUGCUGAUUUGUGGCGCGCGCUAGAAGAUGUUGAACUGAAAGGUGCCAUACCGGGCUUGGACUACAUGGUGACACAACGUGGCAGCAAUUUCAGUGUGGGCCAACGUCAGCUGCUGUGCUUGGCGCGUGCCAUCUUACGUAAUAAUAAAGUGCUGGUACUAGAUGAGGCCACCGCUAAUGUGGAUCCACAAACUGAUGGUCUCAUACAAACCACCAUUCGUACCAAAUUCAAGCACUGCACUGUGCUGACUGUAGCACAUCGUCUACACACAGUCAUGGAUUCGGAUCGUAUACUCGUUAUGGAUGAUGGGCGCGCACGCGAAUUCGACAUACCGCAUUUGCUGCUGAAAAAACACGGUGGCGCAUUGCGACAAAUGGUGGACGCUACUGGUGCUGAAGCGGAUGCACUAAAGAAACUCGCCAGCGAAUCAUAUAAUAAGAUGCAGCGCGCGUGAGUUGAGGGUGUAAGUGUGGUCUCGCAGAAAAGAAAUUCACGCAGGCACACCGGCACACACUUGUAGGAGGUGCCUAUGCAGCAUUUGGAUGUGUUGAAAUGUGAAAGAAAGUGGGUUUACAGAUGAGUGGAAGUGAAGAAGUAGAGUAGGUUAUGAAAUUAAAACUGCCUUUAUCAAAUGGUAUCUUGUUUUGGGAAGUUUACCAUUAGUAUGCAUAAAAUUAAUCAAAUCAAAGAAAGCACUGAAAUAUGCAACUACACACCGUUUGUUUUUUUAGCUAAGUUUAUUUUUUUAACCCUUUUCGUUUUAUUUCUCGUAUUUUAAAGCAAUUUUUAAUGUAACUUUUGACAUUUUAAGCAAAUGGAUAUAUCCUGUCAACAUUUUUUUUAUUUCGACAGAUCUAUUCUGCACUUUUACAACAUUUUUUUAGUAUUUCGAGGACAAUUCGUCCCCUUAGUAUAACAAUAGCCUAUGUGCUCAUAGGCUAUUAUUUUUUUAUUGAAUUUUUGGAUUCUCCAUCGUCGAUUUUAUAUGUGGUCAAAAUUUUGUCAAAUUCUAGUUCCACAAAGUGGGUCAAAACGUCAGUCAAAAAAUAAUAAAUAUUAACGACAUAACGAGAUUUGAGUGAGAGCUACUUUCGACAAAAAGUUUGAAAUUCAUUUUCUCAAAACAUCAAAAAAUUUAUAGGCUAUUUUAAUACUAAGGGGACGAAUUGUUACCGAUAAUUUAGUUACCGCUAUUUUAAGUGGCUUGGAGGCUCGGGAAUAACGCCAAACCGUCGGUGUUUAUUUAAAUUUUGGAAUUAAGACAAAUCUGUAAAAAUCUACUUAAACAAUUAGAAAUAUUUAGUCUUCUUUUGAAUUGAAAACGCCUUCAAACUUUAUUCAUUUCAUAAAUUUUGCUCUAAGAGUAUUAUCGGCAAUCAUGAUUCAAUUAUUAAAGGUUUGCUCACUAGUGACAUUCAAUUUUUGACACUCCCUUACAAAAGGUUGUAUUGAAGAAGGUGCAUAAAAAGGAAAAAAUUAAAUCCUUUUA